AUGGGGAGGGUAACAGGGUCCGGUCAAACGGUCGUAGAACGUCGUUACCCAUCUUUUUUCGAAACCAGUUCUGAAACAGACUGCACGGUAAGUCAGCUCCGGGUCUGCUCAGGCUCGAGCAGCCCUUCCCUUAACACAGAGUCAGGGCUUUUCCACCACGCCAGCGGCUUGCCUCCGCUACUCUCGUCUCCCCUCCUAUCUCCUGGCUCACGAGCACGACUUCCCGGACUUGGAUACUCCUCUUCCACACACAACACCGCGACUGAGGCGCUGGCGCGCUCCGAAUUCGGGUGUGUAAAUGCACACUUUCAAAUCUACACUCAUGAUGGGCCUAAGAUUCACUUUGCUGUUGUGGACAGUGGCUCUCACUCGGACCCCAAGUGUAAGGUACCUGAACUAAGUCACAGGAGCAAAACUUUUGAGUGGGUGAAAGUGAAGAGAACUCGACCUCGGACGGCCAAGAUGCACAUGGCCUGUGGAUUGAGUAUAGUUUCAUGGGGGUCAGUAUGGACAGAGGACGUGGAGGUAACCACCGAUGGGCACCAUCUUACUGCUAACCGGAUACCAAGGACCAACUUCAAAGCAAAACAGCUCACGGAGCUUGAGAAGGAGUUCCGUGAAGGAGUACUUGACGCGGGCCAGAAGAGUGGACAUCUCGAGCGCCCUGCAGCUGAGCGAGACGCAGGUGAAGAUUUGGUUCCAGAACCGGCUCAUGAAACACAAUACAUUUAUGCGCGAGGGCCUUCUUCUCCCGGCGACCCAUUCGGCGUCCUCGAAAUGCUCAGAACGCUCACGCUCCAACAACUUGGACACCUGACCCGACCUCGUGCUCUCCCAAACACCAACUAGCAGAGGACCUGUCUCGUGCGUUACAAAACAAGGUGUGUAGGCCUAAAAAUAGUGACAGUGUCACCAACCUGCAGCUGGUUUGAUUCUCCGUUUGGAGGAAUUUUAGUUAGCCUAAUUGGUUAAAUCAGGAUCAUGUUGUUUUGCACGAAAACCACGAAAGCAGGGUAAGUUUUGUGAACUCGAAUAAUUUAUCGUAAAAUGUUUGACUCGGUGAUUCUUAGUUUUAGAGGCGCACAUAUUUAUAUUCUGUAUUUAUUGAACCAUUAUUUUACGAGGCAAUAUAAGCCUACCUGAGACUUUCGAUUGGAGUAGGCUAUUUGACUUGUUCUCCGGUGUCAGCUGUAGUAACAUUAAGGCACUUUAUGAGUUUAUACCAAAUAACAUGAGUUUAAUCAGACAUAACUAUUAUUAUAAUAUGUAUUAUAUGUAUUUGUUUAUUUAUUUAUUGAGUUGUUAAUUAUUAUACAUUAGCCUACAUGUCAUUAAAGCAGCAUUACAAUC